AACAAAACAAUUCCUCAUUCAUUCCAUUCCUCGGAUCUUUGAUUGUCCAUUCGUCGGAAGCAUCAAGAUGUUGUGAUUUGCGCGAUCAGUGCAGGGAUGAUGAUCGGGGCAGUGCAAUUAGGGGUGUUGGCGGCGUGCGUCGUUGUUUUGGUGCCCAUGGCAAUGGCCGGAUGGCAUUUGAGCAGAAACAAGAUGCUCUUCUUCAGUGGAGCCCUGUUCAUCGCUCUCGCGGUUUGCGUCCAUUUGACUCCCUAUUUCCCCUCUGUUUCUGAUUUAGUAACUUCUGUUUCGUCCGUUGUUGUGUUCGAUCAUCGCGUUUCUUGUAUUAAUUCGGUGAAUGAGGUUGUAUGGGAUGUGAAGCCCAAGAUUCAAGUUCAAAUUGUUGAUGCAAAUGCUAGUUCUGUUGAUUUUUAUGAGAAGAGCUGGGAUUGGGCAAAAACGAGUAAAGUCAGUGCUUGUGAGUUUCAGAAAUUGAGUAAAUCCAAUGCGUCGGAUUUGUUGAACGGAUCCUGGGUAGUUGUUGCAGGUGAUUCACAAGCCCGAUUAGUUGCAUUGUCCUUGUUAAAUUUGGUUCUGGGUUCGGAUUCCAAGCGAAUGGAGUCAGUUAGGGGUGAUUUGUUUAAGAGGCAUAGUGAUUAUAAUAUUCUUGUUGAGGAGAUUGGUUUGAAAAUGGAUUUUAUCUGGGCUCCUUAUGUGACCAAUUUGACUAGUUUGAUAAGGGAAUUGAAGCGAAAAAAGAGUUACCCUGAUGUUUUGGUGAUGGGGGAAGGGUUAUGGCAUAUGCUUCAUAUAACCAAUUCGUCAGAUUAUAGUGUUGCUUUACAAAUGUUAAGGAAUUCUGUGGUGUCCUUUUUGCCAUUGUUGUCAGAUUUAGGCACCAAUGGACCUGUCACUGGCUCUGAAUCCGUUAGGUCACCACAUUUGUUUUGGCUCGGGAUGCCAAUGUUGAUAAAUAGCAUGUUGAAUACACAGGAGAAGAGGGAGAAGAUGAGUGAUACAAUGUGGCAUGCUUAUGACAGAGCACUUGGAGAUAGUAAGUUAUUGCAUCAAACUGGUGGCCCAAUGGUAUUGAUGGAUAUUGAGUCAUUGACUUGGAAUUGUGGACCACGGUGUACAGAAGAUGGUAUGCACUAUGAUGGAACUGUUUAUGAAGCUGCAGUUCAUAUCAUGUUAAAUGCAUUGCUUAUUGAAUCGCAUCAGACACUUUGAAGAAAUAGGAUUGGCUUUCUCCUAAUUCUGCUGAACUCUCAGCAUUUGACCCUUGACCUUGAGAGGGGUUUGGUUCUUCCGAGCUUCUUGGAUUCUUGCCAGGUUUUCUUUUUGCACUAGAUUAGUUCACAAGCAAAGUUUUUCCAAGUUCGGCACAGAUUAAAGUUCAUUCUUUUCUUUCAAAAUGCCUUAAUAACAAAUUCUCUUUUGUGUGUGUAUUCUUGUUCAGUAACUUUGUAUGAUUCACAUUCAAUUUUGAUGUGAGAGUGUAUGAAAAUUCUGUACAAUAAUAGAGUCUAGGUACACACUUUAUGCAAUUUGUGGCAAUAAUGAAGACCCUAUUGAUUC